GGGGCGGGGCGCGCGCGGCCGCUGGGGGCGCAGCGGGGAGGCCGCCAGCCGCCUCAGCACCGGCCAACAUGGCGGCGCGGCGGCCCCGCUCCGCCUCAGAGCACGACAGUGACGAUGACUCCUACGAAGUGCUGGAUUUGACAGAAUACGCUCGGCGUCACCACUGGUGGAACCGCUUGUUUGGCCGCAGCUCAGGACCCAUUGUAGAGAAAUACUCUGUGGCCACCCAGAUUGUCAUGGGAGGUGUGACUGGCUGGUGUGCGGGAUUUUUGUUCCAGAAAGUUGGAAAGCUUGCAGCAACUGCAGUAGGUGGUGGCUUCCUUCUCCUUCAAGUAUGUAGCAUUUCAUGCUUUAUUGCUAGCCAUAGUGGAUAUGUACAAGUUGACUGGAAGAGAGUUGAAAAAGAUGUAAACAAAGCAAAAAAACAGUUAAAAAAGCGUGCAAAUAAAGCAGCUCCUGAAAUCAACACUCUCAUUGAGGAGUCAACAGAAUUUAUCAAGCAGAACAUUGUGGUGUCCAGUGGCUUUGUUGGAGGCUUUUUGCUGGGGCUGGCGUCGUAAGGAGCCGGACGUCUCUUCCCGAUGGGACCCGUGUCAGCCAGGAUCACUUGUGACACGCUGUCUGCCAGCAGUGUGGCUCACUGGGCCUGCCAGAGCAACACAGGAGGACUAGCUAGACAACUUGGGAGCUUUUACAUUUCAGGCUUUUGCCUCUUGAGGCUUGGUAAAACUAGGAUUUGCUGAAAAACUGUGCAGUGUGCUCAUUUAUAGCGUUUCUGGGCAAAACUGGUUCAUCCUCAUCAUGUCUCUUUUUAUCUGUGGCCUUUCAAGAUCUAGCAUUUUUUAAAAUGUUAUUCUUGGAAUAUAGCUGUGUAACCAUACUAUAAGAAUGAAAGCUCCAUUUUUAUGUUUUCAGUUAAAUACUGUUUAUGUUAAAAGUAUUUUUCUUCAUGCUGUAGUAGGUAGUAUCAAUGACUACAUACUGUAUAUGAUAUUGUGGUUUCAGCCUCUUGGCUGUCCAUCUUCUUUAGAAGUCACUGCAAUAAUCUGUAAUACCUUUUUACAGAGUAUUAAAUAACAAAGAAUCAUGAGCUUAUUAAAAGUGAAAAUUAACUUUG